AUGACAGCAAAGACGCCCCCCAUGAUAUCUGACGACGCUACUAUUCCUUGGAACCUCCCUCUGCGGCCAAGAUACGUUUUUUCAGGAGCCAAUCUCGUUGACCCGGCAAAAGGCCAGGUGUUGGAAAACGUGACAGUCCAUCUUUACGACGGCGUUGUGAAGUCUGUCAAUGGCAAUCCUAAGGAAUGGAUGGAUGACUCUACCACGAUAAAGGUCGAUUUGGAGGGCAAGUUCGUCUGCCCUGGUUUGAUAGACUGCCAUGUUCAUUUGACGGCAGUUCCUGGAAAGAUGGGACUUGAAGAGAUGAAGAAUAUGAACCCAUCCGUUUCACUCUUACGCCAGCCACAGGUCUGCAGGUCCAUGUUGGAGAGGGGCUUCACAACCGUGAGAGAUUGUGGAGGUGCACUGUUUCCUUUAAAACAGGCCAUCGAGGAGAAUGUGCACCCAGGUCCAAGACUGUUCAUUGCCGGACACGCAUUGUCACAGACGGGAGGGCACGGAGAUAUGCGUGGACUACUAGAUAACCACGAAUGCUGCAGCGGAACGACGCAAGGUGUCGGUCGAGUCAUCGAUGGGGUGCCCGAUUGCCUGAAGUACGCCCGGGAGGAGAUUCGCCAGGGAGCAGACUUUCUCAAGAUUAUGGGCGGCGGAGGAGUGGCCAGUCCGACAGACAAGAUCGAAAAUAUUCAAUUUUCGGACGAAGAAAUCAAGGCUAUUGUGACAGUCGCAUCAAACGCAGGCACAUAUGUGACCACGCAUGCCUACACACCCCAAGCUAUUCAGCAAGCAAUUAGACAAGGAGUGCUGGGAGUUGAGCACGGCAAUCUACUCGACGAAGAAACUGCAAAGCUUAUGGCCGAGAAAGGAGCUUUUCUCACGCCGACACUCAUCACAUACGCCACGAUGGCAAGAUUCGAGGGUUUUCUUCCUCCAGCCUCAGCCAAGAAGAACAAAGAGGUGUUGGAGAAAGGAUUGAACGCUAUUAAGAUUGCCAUCGAUGCUGGCGUGACCGUUUGUUUCGGGACGGACCUACUUGGCAAGCUACACUUCGCGCAGUCGCGAGAGUUUGGUUUGCGGCGUCAAGUUCAAACUUCCCUGGAAGUCUUGCGUAGCGCUACGGUCAACGCUGCCCGAAUGCUCCGACAAGACAAGUUCUUAGGCCAGAUCGCCCCGGGCUUCGCAGCUGACAUGUUGAUAUUGAACGCGAAUCCGUUGGAAGACAUCACCAUUUUGGACAUACCCGAGAAACAUGUGCUAGCAACGAUCAAGGAUGGUCGCGUUCAUACGUCGAGAUGGUCAAAGCUUGAGACCGAUCUGCAUCGGAUUGUCAAUAUCGCUUAG